CGCCCCCGGAAGUGUUCGAGGCUCCGCCGCUUCCGGCGUCCUUUACAUGGCCGCCGCCAGCCGGGGUACACACUGCCCAUAAUAGCCAGGGAGCCAUGGUGCUGCUCACCGCGCCGCUGAGGGUGCGCGCCCCGCCUCACACGAUCGCUUCUGGCGGGCUCCAGGACGUGCUGCAGUACGCCCGGCACUUUCGGGGAAGGAAGAAUCGAUGCUACCGGCUGGCUGUCAGGGCUGUGAACAGAGCCUUCGUGAAGUGUACCCAUGCCAGGAAACUAAAGAAGAAGAACUGAGAACACCUCUGGUCUGUGAUUAAUCGAAUUACAGCUGCUUCAGAACACGGCUUGAAGUACCCAUCAUUUAUCAGCAGUCUAAUCAAGUGUCAGGUGGAACUCAACAGGAAAGUCCUUGCUGACCUGGCUAUUUACGAACCCAAGACUUUUAAGUCUUUGGCUGCUCUGGCCAAGAGGAGGAGAGAAGAAGGCCUGGUAGCUGCCCUGGGGGACAAGAAGGAGCCGGUGGGGAUCUUCUCCCGGGUGGUGCAUUAUCAGUGAAGGUGCCAGGGCCAUGGCCACCACCACCAGGGCACUGCGCCCCAGGAAGGACGUGGGGUAACUCAGUUCCACCAAUAACAAAAUGUGCAGUCUAAGAGCCUCGCCGAGCUAGUCAAGUUCUUUCAUAAUCACGUCUUUUCACAUUUCAGGAGCUCAACAGCCCGGGAAGGGAGCUGGGCUUUGACCAGGUGGGAGGAUGGGGGGAACCCUUUUUAUACCAGAAACCUGGAAGGAUUCAUUCAGUGUGUCUUCUCUUAAACAAGGGACAAAUUUAAAAAAUGUAUUCUGGAAGAGAUUAUAAAAUAAAGCUUUUGUAACAUA